AAACACAAAGGGGGCAGUAUUGAGGAGGAUGAACGUGCCCUCGGUUCUUAUUGUGCCUCCUCUCAGAUCUUAAUUGCUUUUUGUCAAGAUUUAUCAUCUGGGUGUUUCUUCAAUUUGGAGACCCUGAAUUGUUGUAAGAUUGGUCAUCGUCGAAGGAUCCGAUGUUUUCUGAUUGAAUCGACAAUACCCAAUUCUUAUCGGGAAUACUAAUCUGCGUGUUCUUCAAAGUAAGAAAAUGCAAUCUGAUCUUGGCAAGUUAUUUAUCGGUGGGAUAUCAUGGGACACAAAUGAAGAACGUCUGAAGGAGUAUUUUAGUAGUUAUGGUGAGGUGUUGGAAGCUGUAAUUAUGAAAGAUCAUACCACUGGCCGUGCCCGUGGUUUUGGUUUCGUUGUCUUUGCUGAUCCUGUUGUUGCUGAGCAAGUCACCAAAGAGAAACACAACAUUGAUGGUAGAAUGGUUGAGGCAAAAAAGGCUGUUCCUAGGGAUGAUCAAAGCACCAUGAGUAGAAACAGUAGUAGCUUUCAGGGUUCUCCUGGUCCAGGACGAACAAGAAAGAUUUUUGUAGGAGGUUUAGCGUCCACAGUCACUGAGGCUGAUUUCAAGAGGUACUUUGAGCAAUUUGGAACUAUUACGGAUGUUGUGGUUAUGUAUGAUCAUAAUACACAGAGGCCUAGAGGUUUUGGAUUCAUUACUUAUGAUUCAGAGGAUGCAGUAGACAAAGUUUUGUUGAAAACUUUCCAUGAGCUCAACGGUAAAAUGGUUGAGGUCAAACGUGCAGUCCCAAAAGAGCUUUCACCUGGUCCAAGCCGAAGUCCACUUGGUGCAUAUCCUUAUGGUUUGAGCCGAACCAGUAGCUUUCUUAAUGGCUACAAUCAAGGAGCCUAUUCUCCAAAUGCAGUUGGAGUUGGUGGUUAUGGUGUUAGGAUGGAUGGUAGAUUCAGCCCGAUUCCUUCUGCUAGAAGUGGGUUUGCUACAUUUGGUUCUGGAUAUGGAAUGGGAUUGAACUUUGAACCAGGGAUGAGUGGUAAUUAUGGUGGUGGCACCAACUAUAAUAGUACUCUGAGCUAUGGAAGGGGAAUGAACCCUUAUUAUGUUGGGAAUUCAAAUAGGUUUGGGAGUCCUAUUAGUUUUGAUGGUGGAAAUGGAGGGAAUACUUCUUUCUUUAGUUCAAAUCCUCGAAAUUUAUGGGGUAAUGGAGGGCUUAACUAUGGAUCAAAUUCCACAGGUUCGAGUGGUUAUGUAGGAUCCGGAAGUGGGGUCAUUGGUGGCGGAAUCUUGGGGAACACUGGGCUUAACUGGGGUUCUUCUCCUAUUUCACCUCAAGGUGGCGGAAAUGGUUCUACACAGAGUGCGAAUCUUGGUUAUGGAGGUGGAGAUAACAGUUAUGGUUUAAGAGGUGCAGCUUAUGGAAGAAAUGCUACUACUAAUGGGGUUCCUACAUCAUCAUACGCUGCAUCUAGUGUAGGUUAUGAUGGGCCUUUUUCAGAUUUCUAUGGUGGUAGUGGCUCAGUCUAUGGGGGAGACCCAACUUGGCGGUCAACGAAUAACGAGCGAGAGGGGUCUGGUUCAUUUGGAGGGUAUGGGCUAGGCGGUGGAGGUUCUGAUGUCCAGACUAAAAGUUCUUCUGGUUAUGUUGGUGGUUAUAGUGUUGCUAAGAGACAGGAAAACAGAGGAAUCACUGGGUAGUAGGAUGGAUGCAUGAAGUUUGAUAUGUGAAUUUUGGUUACUUUUGUUGUUUAGCAGCCAGCAGCAGCAGCUUCACCUGAAAAGGGGUUUGGCUAUCAUCUUCUCCAGAGCUGAGCUAACUUGAGUGCAGUAGAAGGAAGGAAGGAAGGAAGGAAGGAAGGAAGGUUUAUAAGUAAUUUUUGUUUUUAUGGAUUGAAUUUUUAUGAGUUGUUACAUUUUUGAGUGAGAUGUAAAAUUGGUUUGCGGCGUAUAGUCAAAAAAAUGUGUCAUCUUGCAUCUCUUUGCAAGUCAACAAGGUUCGGGUUUUUUUGUUUUCCUUGUAUCAGAGUUUUAUAUUUGGUUUUGUACCAGGAUGGCUUCUUGAUGAUUUUACUGCUAGUGAGGGUGGGUUCCCAUGAAUAAGUAAGUUACCU